AUCCUAGAUAUGAUCACCCCGUGCAUAGCUCGUAAGAAUGGCCUGUGGGUGCCAUGCAUGACUCUGUGGUUGGCGUAUAAGGAUGUGGUGCUGCUGUGUAGCACAGCCGUCUUCUGCAUUGUGUGGGCGGUCUAUCGCCAUGAGGCAUGGGCAUGGCUUAUGCAAGACGUCAUGGGAGCAGCCCUGUGCAUGGCUCUGCUCUGCAACGUACAGUAA